AUGGCAUCGAAUGGUGAAUUUGAGGUGCGCCAUCUGCGUAAGGCAGCUGAAAAUGAGGUUGAAGAGAAGCUUGGACAGUCGGCUAUUUACGAAGCCAAGCAAGCUUCAGACGAUGAACAUGCGCAAACCCUUCGGCAGGCACUCAGAGAGAACCGCAAGGCGGUAUUAUGGUCUGUUAUGAUCUCAAUGUCCAUUGUGAUGGAAGGAUACGAUGUCAUCCUAAUCAACAACUUCUUUGCCUAUCCAGAGUUUCAAAAGAAGUAUGGCAGUUGGUAUGGCGAGGAAAUUGGCUAUCAGGUCUCUGGACCGUGGCAGACAGGUCUGACGAUGGCUUCCACGGUGGGUGCCAUCUUUGGUCAGUGUUUCCGAUCUCUUGACCAAAACAAGCUAGUAACUGACACCAAACAGGCGGGUUACUGA